AUGACGUAUGGCAUCCCCAGCCGGCAGCAGUGCUGUCUUCAACAUCAGUCUUACCAGGGGCCAGAGCCAGAGACAGUGAGACAAAUGCGGAGCCAACUAGAGACGCUCUGGCAAGAGGAGGACGACAUGGACGACGCCGUUGCGAAAAGGAGUGUAAUAGACCCAGAAAGCCAACAACAAGAGAUGCGGGACGCCACGAUCAGGGCGAAGGCGAAGGCAGCGCUGGUCCUCGCUGGGAUUGAGACGAUGGGGAAAUUAGUCACUAAUGGUACCCCUGGCGCUGGCGGCGCUUCUCGCGGUGUCACGGAGGUUACUGCUGCUACGCAUGAAGCUGGCACGGAAGCCGCCCGUGCUGACGACAACAUCCCGACCGACUACCCGCUCCGAUCGGUAGGAGGGUUUAUGAAUGCUGCUGCGGGUGAGGCCGAGCUCGUCCAAAGGAGGAGGGCCAGGCGGGUACAGCCUUUGCGAACGAUGGAGAGUGUCGAGAAAUCCCGGGCGCACAUAGAGGCGGAGCAGCCUACUAAGUCUGGAGGUACUAUGGCGGAAGAGAGCAGUGGCGCUCUCACUCUAGUAGUGGUAAAGCUUACCAGAGGAGAGACGGUGAUGAAGGGGUGUCACUGCGGGGUGGUGUUUCACUGGGAGACUGGUUAUGAUUGA